AUGGCGACCGACGAAUCCCCCCAAGCUCUCGUCCAAUUCACUGGCCACCGCCACCUCACCACGCGCCUCCUCCUCGCGACCCUCACCGGCCGCCCCGUACGCAUCUCCCAAAUCCGCUCCACAUCGACCAACCCAGGUCUCACACGGCACGAAACAAACUUCAUCCGGCUCCUCGACGCCGUCACAAAUGGCUCGCAGAUUCAAUUCAGCAUGACGGGCACCACGCUCGUCUUCCGCCCCGGCCUCAUCACCGGCUCUGCAGAAGGCCUCGGCGCAUCCGGCGGCGUCAUCCGCCACGAAAUCCCACGAGAAUGCGCGCGCAGAGGAGUCAGCUGGUGGUUGAUUCCGCUGUGCAUCCUCGCGCCGUUUAGCAAGGGGAAUGUAAACGUCACCUUCCACGGCGAAGGCUGCGUCACAUCUUCAACUACCUCCGGCGAUCCCAGCGCCGACACAGUGCGCACCGCCAUCCUGCCUCUAUACAAAUCCUUCGGCAUCGAGCGCAACAUCGAACUCCGCAUUCUCAAGCGCUCGUGCGCGCCGCAGACGGGGAAAAGCGCGGGCGGCGAGGUGCAGUUGGUCUUCAACCACCAAGUCCGUCUGCCCAAGACGCUGCAUCUGCUGAACCCCGGCAGAGUCAAGAAAAUCAGAGGCGUCGCGUACUGCGUCGAAGUCCCCAAGACCAACAACGAGCGCAUGAUCCACGAGGCAAGAGGCAUACUCAACAAAUUCGUCCCUGAUACAUACAUCUUUAGCGACGCGAGUCCCGCGCCGCUCGUGCCGACGACAAACAACAGAGGCCAAGUGGGCUCAAAGGUCAAAGGCGCAGUGGGAUUCGGCCUGUCACUCGUUGCCGAGUCCUCCACAGGCUGCAUAUACUCUGCAGACGUGUGUUCGCCGCCCGAAGGCGGCGUGCCCGCGGAUGAAAUCGGGAAGCAGUGCGCGUACCAGCUGCUGGAGAAAAUUAGCCAGGCCGGGUGUGUGGAGAGUGUGGCGGCGCCCACGAUGCUGAUGCUCAUGGCCAUGGGGUCGGAAGACGUCGGGCGCGUUGCGCUGGGGCGAGACGUACUCGCGAGCGAAGAGGUGAUCCAGCUAGCGAGAGAUUCGCAGGCAUUUGGCGGAAGCGCAUGGGGCUUCCGCGAGCAAAGCGGGGAGAAUGAGAGGGGCGAGGUCGUUGUCAGUGUUGUAGGAAGGGGCGUGGGAAAUGUGGGACGAAAGGUUGCGUAG